ACUGUUGUCUAUAAAUAUACUUAAGUGUCUACUGGGGUGUUAUUCUGUACGACAGAGUAACCAAUGUUCGCCAGGUAACUGCCGCCAGUUGCUAGCUUGGCUAAGGGGGCAGCCCUGCAAAGUAUUCCAAGCACAGAGAGAACAACGGUGAUUUUUCAACAAUACAACUGUUAAUGAUAUUGAUUAACGGCUCUAUUAUCGGGGGUGUAACGGCUCUGUCAGUGUACGGUGACAACUGUCAGAGGAUACCGAAACACGUUAUCGGUUAUCAACACGGUAUUAACAAGUUACACGGUUUUAAGUUUUCAUUCUGUCCUGACAGUUUUAACAUAUUUCCCCCCCAAAAAAAGAGAAGACAAAAAAAGAGGGAAGCCUCUCCCGGUCGUGUGAACUGACUCACUGCCCAGCCGAGGAGCCACCAGGGCGUAUACCCUACCACACCUUCUCCUCGACUGCCGCUGGAUGCUAUUCGUCAACUAUUUUGCGAGCGGAAAACUUGAUCUUAUCAUCCACCUUUUAACGGAAUGGAUUUUGAUAACACCUAACCUGGAUGGUUUGCUGCGUUGAGUGUUGCGAGAAGACUGCUUUGCUGGAGUUUGACAACUUUUUGUGGAGUUUGAACUGACUGAAAGCCGAGAUGGACCAAGCCAGCGGCGGGGAGGACCCCAAUAAACCCUCCAAAAAGAAGCCGAGCGAAGAUGAGGGUAAAAACAAAAAGCUGAACAUACACAUAAAAACAUUGGCUGAUGAUAUGCGUGAUCGUAUCACCAGUUUCAGGAAAACGGGGACGAAAAAGGAGAAGCCUCUCAUACAGCACCCCACAGAUCCCCUCUCCACCCAAGCUGAACUGCCCAUCCCGCAGCCCUUUUUUGACGACAGAUCCAUGAACCUCUCGGAAAAGGAAAUCAUUGACCUCUUUGAGAAGAUGAUGGAGGACAUGAACUUGAACGAGGAUCGCAAAGCCCCUCUUCGUGGGAAGGACUUGAGCACCAAACGCGAGAUGGUGGUCCAGUACAUCUCAGCCACUGCCAAAUCUAUAACUGGGAGCAAAGUUGCGGGUGGACUCAGGAACAGCAAGCAUGAGUGUACGCUUUCAUCCCAAGAAUACGUCCAUGAACUGCGUUCAGGGAUCACAGAGGAAAAGCUGCUCAAUUGCCUGGAAUCCCUCAGGGUGUCUCUCACUAGUAAUCCUGUCAGUUGGGUUAAUAACUUCGGCCACGAAGGUCUCGGCCUUCUCCUGGAUGCGUUGGAGAAGCUGCUGGACAAGAAACAACAAGAGAGUAUUGAUAAACGGAAUCAGCAUAAGCUCAUCCAGUGCUUGAAGGCUUUCAUGAACAACAAGUAUGGACUGCAAAGGAUCUUGGGAGAUGAGCGAAGCUUGUUGCUGUUGGCACGGGCGAUCGACCCCAAACAGGCCGGCAUGAUGACAGAGACUGUCAAAAUUCUGUCGGCGUUCUGUAUCAUCGGAGAGGAAAACAUCUUGGAUAAGAUCCUAGCUGCCAUGACAAUUGCCGCAGAGAGGAACAAUAAAGAGAGGUUUGCUCCGAUUGUGGAGGGGCUGGAGAACCAUGAGGCCCAGCAGCUGCAGGUUGCUUGCAUGCAGCUGAUCAACGCCCUGGUCACCUCCCCGGACGACCUCGAUUUCCGGAUACAUCUGCGCAAUGAGUUUUUGCGGUGUGGCCUCAAGAAGAUCCUUCCUGAGCUAAAAGAGACGGAGGAACUAGACAUCCAGCUGAGGGUGUUCAAUGAAAACAAGGAGGAGGACUCCAUCGAGCUCUCCCAUCGCUUGGACGACAUCCGCGCUGAGAUGGAUGAUAUGAAUGAGGUGUACCAUCUCUUGUCCAAUAUGGUGAAAGACACCGGCUCAGAGGCUUACUUCCUGUCGAUCCUUCAGCACCUAUUGCUCAUCAGAAACGACUAUUACAUCAGGCCGCAGUACUACAAGGUGAUCGAAGAAUGUGUGUCUCAGGUGGUGCUGCAUCGCAGCGGGAUGGACCCAGACUUCGGCUACAGUAGAAGACUGGAUGUGGACUUCACCCAACUGAUUGAUCAGUGUGUGGAUAAAGCCAAAGUUGAAGAGAGUGAGCAGAAGGCUGCGGAGUUCUCCAAAAAGUUUGACGAGGAGUUCAGCGCACGACAGGAGGCCCAGGCUGAGUCUCAAAAGAAGGAAGAGAGAGUCAAAGAGUUGGAAGGGAAGAUCCAGGCCCUGGAGUCUCAGUUAACUAUUGAAACAGACAAGCUCAAAGAGGCUCAGAGACUCAUCAGGGAAUGUGAAGCCAAGAUCGCAGCUGGCGUGAGUGCGACCGGAGCACCACCUCCACCACCAGGGGGAGCAGCACCUCCGCCGCCUCCGCCGCCCCCUCCUCCACCACCUGGUGGCGGCCCCCCGCCGCCUCCACCCCCUCCUCCUCUUCCUGGCCACGCUGGCAUUCCACCGCCACCACCACCUCCUCCUCCUCCAGGUGGUGGACCUCCACCUCCCCCGCCUCCCCCUGGUUUUGGCCCACCUCCUCCACCUCCCUUUGGGGGACUGGGUGCGCCACCACCAUUUGCAAUGCCUGUUGUUAAGCUGCCUUACGGACUGGAGCCCAAGAAGACCUACAAGCCUGAAAUUGUGAUGAAGAGGGUCAACUGGACCAAGAUAGUGCCUCAGGAAAUGGCAGAGAAUUGCUUCUGGAUCAAAGUCAAAGAAGAGAAGUUUGAGAAUCCUGACCUAUUUGCCCAACUCUCCCUCUGCUUCUCCUCACAGAGCAAAGUGAAAAAAGACUUCAAGGACGAGACUGACGACAAAAUGCCACAAUUCAAGAAAAAGGCAAAAGAGCUGCGCAUCUUGGAUCCCAAGACUGCACAGAAUCUCUCAAUUUUCUUGGGCUCGUUCCGCCUGCCUUAUGAAGAGAUCCGGGACAUUGUGCUGGAGGUAGACGAGGAAAGACUGAGCGAAUCACUCAUCCAGAACCUGAUAAAGAACCUGCCGGAGCAGAAAGAGCUGAGUGCACUGGCGGAACUAAAGGGUGAAUAUGAAGAGCUCGUGGAGUCAGAGCAGUUUGGCAUUGUGAUGAGUUCAGUAAAACUCCUACGGCCACGGCUCAACGGCAUCCUGUUCAAGCUGACGUUUGAGGAGCAGGUGAACAACAUCCGGCCAGACAUCAUGAAUGUGACAUUCGCCUGUGAAGAGGUGAAGAAGAGCGAAAGCUUUAGCAAACUCCUGGAGUUGGUGUUGCUCGUUGGCAAUUACAUGAAUGCCGGCUCGAGGAAUGCCCAGACGUUUGGCUUCAACGUCAGCUUCCUCUGCAAGCUCCGAGACACUAAAUCCAUCAGUCAGAAUACAACACUCCUUCAUUUCCUGGCUGAGAAGUGUGAACAGGAUCACCCAGAGAUUUUGAGGUUUCCGGAAGAACUGGAGCAUGUGGAUAAUGCCAGCAAAGUGUCCGCUGAGAUCCUAAAGACCAGCCUGACCACCAUGGAACGUCACAUCCAGAGGCUCGAGAACGACAUUGAAAACUUCCCCAAAACAGAUGACCCGCAAGAUAAGUUUGUGGAAAAGAUGUCUGGCUUCUCCAAGCAGGCCCGGGAGCAGUACGAAAAGCUGUCCACGAUGCACAAGAACAUGCAGAAGCUCUACGAGAGCAUAGGCAGCUAUUUCGCCUUUGACCCGCACUCAGUCAGCGUGGAGGAUUUCUUUGGAGACCUGGCCAACUUCCGCGUCCUCUUCAUGGAAGCAGUGAAGGAGAACCACAAAAAGAGGGAGAUGGAGGAGAAGAUCAAGAGAGCCAAGCUGGCGAAGGAGAAAGCCGAGCGCGAGAAGCAGGAGCGCCAGCAGAAGAAGAAGCAACUGAUUGACAUGAACAAAGAAGGAGAUGAAACUGGUGUGAUGGAUAGCCUGAUGGAAGCUCUGCAGUCUGGAGCAGCCUUCCGCGACCGACGAAAACGGACGCCGCGCAAUGGUGAUCAAAGCCCUUCCAGUCCUGUCUCUCGGUGGCCGGGUGCUAACUAUGGUAACAGAACACUAGACAACCGUCGUGCUGUCCUGGAAAGGUCUCGUUCCCGCCACAACGCAAAUCACCAAGCUCGAUGAUCACCCGCGCUUACCACAAGACGCUAGAUAAGUGCCAAAGAGGCCUGCGAGGUGGAGACCUGGAAGACAUCUGAAGGAGAGACGGAGCACCCCUCACUGUGGCACACACUCAACAGGAUCACACACAGACACACGCACUCACUCAGCACCAAGUAUUGAAAACAAUGCUGAAAGAAGCUACACACAACUGAAGAAUCAGACAUUUAAGUUUCUUGCUCUUCGUCUGACGCCUUACAUAUUUAUUCAGUAAUUUCUCAUCACUGAUCACAAGUGUUUGUGUACUCUCCGGGUGGUUUAAUUUGUUUUAAAAAAGAAAAAAAAAAAAAAAAAAGACCUUUUAAGGCUACUGCUCCUUGAAAUGAAAGAUUUUCAUUGUUUGAAAAUCCAUUUUAAUUCAUGCAAGUCUAAGCCUUCUACGUUAAUCCUUUUAUAAUCAAAAUACUCACAGAUCUUAUACAGUUUUGACAUGAAACAUGCAUCGAACACUGCAGACAACAGACAUUCUGCCGAGGACUGCAAAGUAAUGUAUGCUUAUCCUGGAGAACAUACCGCGCAACGUUCAUUCAGCAAAUGGGCAGCGGGGCAGCUGCUCUUUAAAUGGAAGACAGGGAUUUAAGUCCGGUGUUGGCAAGCCUUCAAGCUGCCGGUGUUAUCCUGAACAAGUCACCAAACUCUGAACCGAGGAGGGACUUGUUGUUGUUGUUGUUGUUGUUUCUGUCAGUCCUUCCUUCAACCAACAUCAAGACAUUUCUCAGUACUGAAUUUACAAAGUCCCUGUGGAUAAUUUAAAUCCAGAUCCCACAAAGCCACAGGAGCUGGCCCCCGUCUACACCAAUAACUCAGAGCAUGUGACUCACGGUUCUUGAAACCAUAAUCUCCAUUUUGACAAAAUGCAUUUUAUUUUUAGUUGCUUAAUAUCUAACCGAUGCCUACGGGUGCUGAUCUCUGUCCCAAGGUCGCUUUCGCUGUUAACAUGAGAGACUGACACAUUUUUAAAUGCAUAGAACUGCCUGGGGGAACUAACGUGAACUCUUUGACCUUUCCUGCGCUUGCACACGUUUUCAGUGGGGGACACUUGAUUAUACAAACGUAUUACCACAUUUUUAUUAACCUAUUUCGAUCUGUGUGUUGUUUUUUUUCUUAAUAUGAAGACUCAAAAAGGAAAAAAAAAGCAGUCCAGCAGUCGUUAAUCUGCUUGGAGACCAGUUGUUAGAAUUCGAUCCACUCAGAAUUCCCACAGCAGAUUUUUAAUGUGUUUUUUUUCCCCCCCAUUGGGGGAAAAUAAAGAUAAAUAAUAAAGAUAAAUAAAUAAAAUCUAAAUAAAAAAAAUAAAUAAAAGAAUCACCACAAAGGAAUUUGUUAUGCUAUGUUUUAACAGGAGUAAAUGACAUAAUGUCUUUGUCUUAAAUUAACCACAGACAUUAUUUCAUUUACAAACAAAUCCUUAAAUUAAGGAUUUCAUCAAAUCCUCUAAUGAAAAAGGAAUAUUUAAAAAGGGGCUGAGAAAAUUCAUGGAUGGAAUGGGUUUCAGUCCUGCACUCUGUUACAUUCCCUGUUUCCUGGUGGUGUCUGUGAUGCGACGGCAAAACACUGCUCCUACCUGGAGAAAUGGCCUGAUGCUUGGUGUACCAGAUAGUUGAAACUUUGCUGUAAGCUUUGUUCCUCUGCAUAUCCCCACCGCCGCACAGAUUCACGUGAACUAUUUAUUCAUAUAUUCAUGCCGAGGGCGGCCCUGUCCCCUCACUUCCCUAAACUGUAAGCAGACGCUGCUAAAAACAACCACAGAAUCCACACAGAGACGGGGCACGGGCAGAAUAAUCGUCUGAGGGGCACAGCAGACAAGAUGAUGCUUGUCUUAGCAAGGGAGUCUCCAAACGCCACCCAAUUCCCCAGCACUAAUGGUAUAAGUGACCCUUUUAUCAUAAUACAACUUAUGUUACUAAUACUAUAACUCAAGCUGCAGGCUUUUGAGCAUCUGUGCGCUUCUGUCUGGGUGAACGUACGUGUGACUUCGGAGCAGGAACCCAGGCUAAAAUAGGAUUCAAUGUGCUUUACUCCUGGGUGGCUGGAUCCAGAUUUUUCAUUUCAACAGUCUGCCAGUGCUGCUUGUGGUGCGUCUGUUUCAUGAUGCCUCCUCUCCCAGGCUGCAUGCUCCUAAAAAAUGCAAUUUUACACAUCAUCUCGGCUCAGGGUGCACCCACAAUGCUUUGAGAAGUCUGCAUAUUUAAGGAGACUAUAAUUCACCUCUGAAUAUAAGGUUGGAGCAGUCAUACAGGGAAAGCAUAGAGAAUGAGUUUUCUGCAUAACGGAUUCCGCGCUGAUGGGAGUUGCGAGGAUGUGUUGUACACAGCAGAGAUGGAGGCGUGCCAUCAAAGACGGCGAUUUCCUCUUCCUAAUUGCUACUCGCUCUUUGUCCUCUGCAUCACCACACCCGCACAGUUUCAAGCUCUGAAUGAAACCUGCUUUUUCACCAUUAAAUUUUAAUAUCCGUCGACACCAAUGUGUGGUAUUUGGUGUCAUUUUUACCGUUCGAUUUGAUCCUUUACAUGCCAAAACAGACAGUGUUUUUUUCAUCAUUUGACUGAAAACCUUUUAUUCGUUACUCUCGAAAUUUGGAUUUUCUUGCGUAUGUGCCAUUUAUUUUUCCUUUUUUUUUAUUUUGAAAAGCAAGAGCUCUCGUGUCUUUUUGUCAAACGGAGAGACGUAUUGUACAGACGUAUAGUAAAUCAUUCAAAGUAGGAGAUUUGAUGUGAUUACGAUAGUGACGUGGUAUUUCUUAUCUAAAACACUGAAACAUCUUUUGUAAGAUGUAAUUUAUUUGGAGGACAUUUGUAUUAUUUUUUUUUUUGUAAAGAUUACAUGUAGAACGUGCUGAACUGAGUUCUAAAGGAUGUUAACUAUUGUAGAAGUGCAUGCAUCUUCCCUGCAGCAGACGUCAAUACCAACACUAUUUGAAUGUUGAGGAAAAGAAUUUCCCCAUGAGGGAUCAAUAGAGGAAUAAAAAAAAAAGGAACAAUACACCAUGAAUCUUAAGGGUUUCAGCAGAACUAAUGUAAACUUUAUUUUACAGAAAAGGGAAUCUUCUACAAUGACAACAUUCCUCAUAGUUCCUGUAAGUGAUUGUUGUAUGUCUCCCUCGUUCCAUCUUUUAGGAUAAUCAGUAUGUCGUGUUUUUUAAUAGAAAAUAGCGAGUCUCAGGACAAAGGACCUGAACGUUUCCAUCAUAUUCGUGUGGAAAAACAGCUGCUCAUCUGCGUACAUUUUUUGCUUCCAAGUGCUUAAAGCGAAGCGACUGGAGUUUCCAGUUCAGCUGCUUCGCUUUAAAUCACCCAAUACACAACAACCUGAAUGACUGUGAGUCUUUCCAGUCAUCUUUUCUGCUUGUAACUAACAAACCUGAGCUGAUGGUAUGACUCAUGCUGAUGUAGUGAUCGUGAGACCGAGGAGGCAGGGGUAUGAAAGAGUUCUGCAAAGAUGCCAUUUCCGUGGUGACUGGUGGUUAUCGAAAAGUUUGCAAAUGUUACUAACUAACACUCACUGACUGCGCACUUUACCUCACUAGAUAUUCUGCUCAGGCAGAGAGAGAUUUGUCUAAGAUUCGUAAAUACAACAUUGCCACUAACAGAGUGAACUAUUUGCAAAGUAUUUCUUUCAGUAAAUAGUUCCCAGCUGCCACAUAUCCACUUCUUUCCCGCUUUGUUAGUGCUUGCUAUUGAUUUGUGCGAGACCAAUUGCGGCUGAAUCAACAAACGAUGCUCCUAACUGUUGACAAACCCUGUCCGAGCAUGAUGUGUAAGCUGCCAUAUCCCUGCCUACCUUCCUCGUUGUCAUCGAGUUUGUUUUAUUGUCUUAAGAAACAUUUAUAUUUGUAACAUUUUAAGUUUAUUUGUAUCCUUAGGAACAUGAACAAAAAAAAGAAAAACAACAGAAAACAAAAUGGUUAUGCACUUCCAUAAAAUAUGUAAUGGAAUAUGAUACUAAAUAGUAACCACUUUGUGAUAUAAACUGAUUUGUGAAAGCUA